GCCGGCGCGCCGCGGGUCCGGGGCGCCUCUGCGGGGCCGCCAUCGCCGCCGCCAUGGAGGAGUGGCGCCAGUGCGGCCGCUGGCUGAUCGACUGCAAGGUGCUGCCGGCCAACCACCGCGUGGUGUGGCCCUCGGCCGUGGUCUUCGAGCUGGCGCAGGCGCUGCGCGACGGGGUGCUGCUCUGCCAGCUGCUGCACAACCUCUCGCCCGGCUCCGUCGACCUGAAGGACAUCAAUUUCCGCCCGCAGAUGUCUCAGUUUCUCUGCUUGAAGAACAUCCGGACAUUCCUCAAAGUGUGUCAUGACAAAUUCAACUUGCGCAACAGUGAUCUGUUUGACCCCUUUGACCUCUUUGAUGUGCGAGAUUUUGGAAAAGUGAUAUCUGCGGUCUCCAGGCUUUCACAUCACAGCAUUGCUCAGAACAAAGGCAUUCGGCCAUUCCCUUCAGAGGAAACUACAGAAAAUGAUGACGACGUCUAUCGUAGUUUGGAGGAACUGGCUGAUGAACAUGACUUGGGAGAGGACAUUUACGACUGUGUCCCAUGUGAAGAUGAAGGGGACGACAUUUACGAAGACAUCAUCAAGGUGGAAGUCCAGCAGCCCAUGAAAAUGGGCAUGACAGAAGAUGACAAAAGGAAUUGCUGCUUGUUAGAAAUUCAGGAAACUGAAGCCAAAUAUUACAAAACUCUGGAGGAGAUCGAAAAGAAUUACAUGAAUCCAUUGAGGCUGAUCCUGAUGCCACAAGACAUGGAAGCCAUCUUUAUCAACUUGGAGGACCUCAUCAAAGUGCACUACAACUUCCUGAGGAGCAUUGACCUCUCCAUGAUGUCUGGUGGAGGCACCUUGGCCAAAGUGUUCCUGGAAUUCAAAGAGAGGCUCUUGAUAUACGGCGAGUAUUGCAGCCACAUGGAGCACGCACAGACCACCCUGAACCACCUCAUGGCCACUCGUGACGACGUCCGGCAAAAAGUCGAGGAAUGUACGCUGAAGGUGCAGGAUGGGAAAUUCAAGCUGCAAGACUUGUUGGUGGUGCCCAUGCAGAGAGUGCUGAAGUAUCACCUCUUAUUAAAAGAGCUCCUCAACCAUUCGUCAGAUAGGCCAGAGAAGCAGCAGCUCAAGGAAGCUUUGGAAGCCAUGCAGGACUUGGCAAUGUAUAUAAAUGAAGUCAAGCGGGACAAAGAGACUUUAAAGAAAAUCAGUGAAUUUCAGAGUUCUAUAGAAAACUUGCCUGUGAAACUGGAGGAAUAUGGCAGGCCGAAGAUAGAUGGUGAACUGAAGGUUCGGUCAAUAGUAAACCACACAAAGCAGGAUCGGUAUUUGUUCUUAUUUGAUAAAGUGGUGAUUGUCUGCAAAAGGAAAGGCUACAACUACGAGCAGAGGGACAUCAUUGAGCUGUUCUGCUACAAGAUGACCGAUGACCCCACCAACAACAAGGACCUACGGAAGUGGUCGUAUGGUUUCUACCUCACCCACCUCCAAGGCAAGCAAGGCUUCCAGUUUUUCUGUAAGACUGAGGACAUGAAAAGGAAGUGGAUGGAGCAGUUUGAGAUGGCCAUGUCCAACAUUAAGCCAGAGAAAGCCAUGGCAAACAACCAUAAUUUCCAGAUGUACACAUUUGACAAGACCACCAACUGCAGAGCAUGCAAGAUGUUUUUAAGAGGGACCUUCUACCAGGGCUAUCAGUGUAUUAAGUGCAAAGCUGGAGCACACAAGGAGUGCCUGGAGAUCAUCCCGCCCUGCAAAAUUAGUUCUCCUGGAGACCAGCAGGACUCCCUGAAUAUAGGUCCCAAAAUGGUGGCUGUUCAGAAUUACCAUGGCAGCCCAGCACCGCCAGGGAAACCUGUGCUCACUUUCCAAGCUGGAGAGGUGAUCGAGCUGCUCCGGGGGGACCCCGACUCACAGUGGUGGGAGGGAAGGCUGAUCUUGUCAAAGAAAUCUGGCUACUUCCCCAACUCAUUGGUCAAGCCCUGCCCAGUGGACACACGGCCCCCCAACAGCCGGCCUCCAUUGCGAGAGGUGGACUACUCUGUGUACCCUUGGUUUGCAGGAAAUAUGGAGAGGCAACAGACAGACAAUCUCCUAAAGCUGCAUAUCAGUGGGACAUACCUGAUACGGGAGAGACCAGCAGAAGCUGAGCGCUUUGCAAUCAGCAUCAAGUUCAAUGAUGAGGUGAAGCACAUUAAGGUGGUCGAAAAGGACAGUUGGAUCCACAUCACAGAAGCCAAAAAAUUUGAAAGCCUCUUGGAGCUUGUGGAGUACUACCAAAACCACUCCUUGAAGGAGAGCUUUAAACAGCUGGACACAACCCUGAAGUAUCCAUACAAGUCUCGGGAACGCACAGCCUCCAGGACCUUGCCUCGGUCUCCUGCAGCCUGUGCUUCCUACAAUUUUUCCUUUCUCAGUCCUCAGGGCCACAACUUCUCUUCUCAGAAUUCCUCCACUCCUUUCUGGUCAGUCUUCACACCUCGGGUCGUAGGGACGGCAGUGGCAAGAUACAACUUUGCCGCACGGGACAUGCGGGAACUCUCAUUACGAGAAGGGGACGUUGUCAAGAUCUACAGCCGGAUAGGCGGCGACCAGGGCUGGUGGAAAGGAGAGACCAAUGGAAGGAUUGGCUGGUUUCCUUCAACCUACGUGGAGGAAGAGGGUGUGCAAUGACUGUCAAAUGUACAGGUGCCGUUGGCAGAUGCCCGAGAGCACUUCUGGGAGAGCACAUGUCCGUCCCUGGAGCGCCAAGUGAAAGUGACUGUGCCUUUUUAGCACAAACUGAAGACGCAAGAGCCUAUUUUACAAAUCUGAAAAAGUGUGUGGGGGCGGGGGGGGAGCAUACACAUGCAAUAACGUGGGAUAUAUGCACACGUGCGUGGGCAUGGGGUUCAGAGAGAUUUAGCUGUUUCUCAUUGAUGAUCGUACUUGUAACAGUCUGAUGUAAGGAAACGCUUGUGGAAAGCCAUGGGGCAGGCAAAGGGAGGCCCGUGGCCAGAUUAAGGGUUCUGCCCCUGCUCUGUUUGUGACCCAGUCAGUAGAGGCUGGACCAAAAGCACCACAGGAGUGGGGGCAGGAUUGGAUGGGAUCUCUUGUUCCGGGGGAAGGUGUUUGGAGGUGGAGACCCCGCUUUCUGCUGGUGGCAGCAGUGGGAAGGUUGCCAAGGUCCCAAGACAUUUAGAAGGAGUCCCUUAGGCAGAGAACCCCUCCAGAGGCUCUUGGUCACAUGUCCCACCAUCUUCCUACCCUGGCACUGGUAUAAUGUGGCAAGAGAGGCCACUGGGCACAGCUGGUCCAGUUGACUGAAGAAAUAAGUCUGCGACUUCCUCUGGUGACCCUACUGCCUCACCAUCCCCGCUCCCUGAGUCAAUCUGCAGUGGGCCACUGGUGUUCAGAUUCUCUGGGGUCUCACAGGUGUCCCAGGCACAGUGGUUAAUGAUUGCAGUGAUGAUGAUUCCAGGAGAAGGAAAGGUGAGUUGACGGCUGUGCAGUAUGUGCUGCAGAAUGCACCCCGCUUGGGUGGAAUGUGGCACUGAUGUCCUCCCCAGGGCGCACAAGCAGUGCCACGGUCUUCUGGUGCUUUCUCUCCUCUAUGCAGACUUCUCAUUUGCGAGAUCUCGCCCCAUUCCUGCCCAGGUUGGCUCUGCCUCCCCUGUCCCUUCACAAGUAGCAACUUGGAAGGGACACCCCCCUCCCUCCCUCCCGCCGCGCCCUGGAAGCAUGUCCCACACAGUUGCCAGUGCUUUGGGAGUAGCAACCAGACACGUCUCUUCAGUGCACAUCCUCAGCACGUCUGGGAAGCAGUACUCCGCUCUCCCUUACAUGUGUGGUGACUUCAGGUCUCUGGUGCAGAGUCCCCCCGUUACACCCUGAUGCAAAGUUAGCAUUUUCUCUUUGGGAGGUGGCUUGUUCUUAAAUGUGUUCCUUUUCCUAUUUGCAAAAAGAUUUUUCUGUUAUAAUAUUCAAAUACUGGCGACCUUCCUGCUAAUUUGUCAAGAGACAUGGGUUCCAAAUCAGAGGUUUCACACAUCCCCCACCCCACAUCACACACACACACACACAUACGGCAGUUUCACUCAUCUGAUAGAUGUUUUGGCCACCCUCAAAAUUCCUUGAAUAUUGUGAUGAUGGAGAAACUUGGCAUUUCAGCGGCAGUUCAUGUUGCACAGCAAAUCCUCUGCGGGUGCCCAUGCAUCAGCUCGCAUGGAACCUUCUCCAACGUGCUUCCAAUAAGUGCAUCCAUGGCAUGCGUCUUUUCAGCACCCUGAGCGUCCCUUCUGCCUAAAUUCAAAGAUGCCCCAUUUUGCAGUGAUCUUUUCAAUGCCACACAUAAACCCAGAAAAGCUUUGGGAAAUUAGUGGGCUUUGUCCAUACUUUCAAAAUGAGAGGAUUUCAUGGCCUGAGAUGCCACAGGGAAAAAAGCCACUCUGCAGGUCUGCACCCCUUUUUCUGGCCCAGUUGCUGCCUUGCUUCAGAACUUGGAGGUGUUGAGGGGCCUCUAACACUGUGGCUGGGAAAGGAGACUAAUCCCUCAAUGACUUCCCUCUGAAAUGGGACCAGUUCUCAGUGGCCCCAUUUAUAGAUGGAGUGGGGGGUAGGGGUCUGAGACUGAUCCUGGGUAACUGGAGCCUCUUGUGCUUGGAGACCAAAAGCGGCGUCCAAAAUUAAGUUCCGUCCACUGGCAGAAGUGGAAUUCCCAGGUCCCUUCCCCCACAGCAGUCUUUCUAGCCUCCUGAAAAGAUGCCUGGAGCAUAAGGCAAGUGGAUCCCAGCCUUAUUCCAGUUAAACAUGGAUCAGAUGGAGCUGUUAAUCUGGACUUUGGGGGCCCUGAAUUUUCUUGAUCAAGCUCAUCCCUUCUCUGGUCUGCCUCCAGGCUAGGAAAUGGCAGAAUUUUGUCACAUUCUCUCUCUCUCGACAUUUGAAGGAGCUCCUUUUGAAGGGAGAAAGGAAGGCAGCAGUGGAAUUGGGAAAACCACAUGUCUCUCUUGCUUUCCUCUCUCCUUUGGGGGAAAAAAGUGGAAAGCCUUGCCAAAGGGCUCCUCCUUCAAGAUAGUGACAUUUUGAUUUUUUCCAAUUAAAGAUCAAUUUGGCACCAGUAAAAAGGUUGCCACCAGAUCUCUGGAAAAUAGCAGGGGCCAGAAAGAAUAUAGAGAAGGAUCCCUUG